UAGAUUUUUGCUGUUUUUGAGUGUUUGGGGUUUUCUUGUUUUUUUCUCAGUCUCUGAUCUUGUUUGUAGUGUUUCAUAUAUUAUUUUUAAAAAAAAAUUUAGAAUGCAGUGGUAACAGUUGAAUGUUGAUGUGUAACUGCAAGGGUUUUGGUACUUGUGUGUUUUCUUGAAUGUCUAACUGUGCACGGGUUUGGUACUUUCUUGGUUUUCUUGAAUGUCUAGGGUUUUGGUACUUUCUUGAUUUUCUUGAAUGUGUAAUUGCUAAUGUUUUGUAUAUUGUACUGAAUACCAACUGUGAUUUGGGCGUCUGAUUUGUUUCUUGAGAUGGUAGUCUUGAUUAGUUGUAUUCCUUGUAUUUUAGAAAGAAAAAUGUACCUCAUUCAUCAGUCUAAACUCUAAUGGGGUUUUGUAGUUUCUGGUUUCUUGAGAUGUUUAUUCAAAUUCUUGGAAGGGAAGACUUGAUUGAGUCUUGGGUUCUUGCCUUCUUGGUUUGCAACUUUUCUUCCUCUUUAAAUAUAAGAAAGUGCAACUUAUUUGCAUUAGUUUUUAUAAUUAACUUGGUACCAUGGAAAAAACGGCCCUACUUUUCUUAUUUCAACAAAAAAGCACUUUAUUGCAUUUGUUUUGCUUAAAUUGGUGCAGUGUAACGGAAAAUUGCAGUUGUAUCCUGAUAUUAGAACCUUAUUAUGAAGAUUUUCAGCAAUUUGACAUGAUCUAAGUUCUGGGAAUCACACUAUAAUUCCUCGAGAUCUCUUUUCUGAAUGCUUUGCAUAUGGGAUAAUAUGUACCUAUAUCUGAAGUAAUAGCUUUUUGGCAAUGUAGGACUAAUUAUAAUUACAACGGGAUUGGUGCAAGUUGAAGUUUGAACUUUGAAGGGAAAGUCAGUUACGGGUCCAAUGGAGCAGUAUGAAAUAUUGGAGCAAAUUGGCAAAGGGGCUUUUGGCUCUGCAGUUCUUGUGAAGCAUAAGCUUGAAAAGAAGAAGUAUGUAUUGAAAAAAAUUCGCCUCGCUCGGCAAACGGAUAGGACUCGCCGAAAUGCACACCAGGAGAUGGCCCUUAUUUCGAGUAUGCAAAAUCCAUUCAUUGUGGAGUACAAAGACUCAUGGGUGGAGAAGGGUUGCUAUGUGUGCAUAGUCAUAGGUUAUUGCGAAGGUGGAGACAUGGCAGAGGCCAUAAAAAAAGCAAAGGGUGUCCAUUUUCUUGAAGAGAAACUAUGCAAAUGGCUUGUUCAACUCUUAAUGGCUCUUGACUACUUGCACAUGAAUCAUAUCCUUCAUCGUGAUGUCAAGUGUUCGAAUAUAUUUCUAACAAGAGAGCAGGAUAUUCGUCUAGGUGAUUUUGGACUUGCCAAGAUGUUGACUUCAGAUGACCUUGCUUCCUCGAUUGUUGGAACCCCCAGUUACAUGUGCCCUGAGCUUCUUGCAGACAUACCUUAUGGAUCUAAGUCGGAUAUAUGGUCUCUAGGAUGCUGUAUAUAUGAAAUGGCUGCAUUUAAGCCUGCAUUCAAGGCAUUUGAUAUGCAAGCACUCAUCAACAAAAUAAACAAGUCUAUUGUGGCACCACUUCCGACAAAAUACUCUGGUCCAUUCCGAGGUCUUGUCAAAAGCAUGCUGCGGAAAAAUCCAGAACUGAGGCCAAGUGCAGCAGAACUUCUUAGGAAUCCACUUCUUCAGCCAUAUGUGAUUAAUACACAUCUCAAACUUAAUGGCCCCAGACGCAACAGUUUACCUGCUUGUUUGCCUGAUAAUGAUGUAAAGAAAACCAGAUUUGCAAUUUCUGAAAGCACACCUGUUGCAAAGAACAGAGAGAAGCGAAUGUCAUGUGGAAAUGAUAGGACUUUGAAUCCUAGUGUCUCUGAUCACGAUUAUACUUUUUCAAAUCGUAGAUAUCCAAAAACACCAAGCAGAGUAUCUGAAUUGUCUGUUGGAAGCCCUGAUAGAGGAUCAACUGUCACAAAAAAAAUCACUUCAAAAGCUUUGCUUGUGAAUAAGAAUCCAAAGGUGAUCGUGCCAAAAUUGACUACCCCAAGAAGACAAGUGGAUCUAAGGAACAGUGAUAUGGCUUCACGAACCCUGGUGAAGAGAUCUGUUUCUACAACUCGUAGGGCAUCUUUGCCAUUGACAAACAAGGCAGCAGUUCAAGAAUUACCUCGAAGGCCGAGUCUCAGUUUUCUUGACUGUAUUAAGUCUCCUGAUGUUUCUGUCAAUGCCCCUCGAAUUGACAAGAUGCUUGAGUUUCCAUUAGCUUCAUAUGAAGAUCCUUUCCAUCCUAUACGCCGAACAUCAUCAAACUCUGCGCAAGGUUCCUCUGGCUCACCACAAGCUGAGUAUUCAGUUAUGAAAGACAAAUGUACCAUACAGAUUCCUGACAGUAAAUUUGAUCGAAUGAGUUCCAAUGAUGCUUGGCAAGGGUUUGAGGGCCCCAUGGUGCAUGUGGAUAGAGAGGACAUAACUGAUUCUUCUGAUCAAAAUGCCACUGCUGGUGCAUCUAGCCGAACCUCAUCUGACACAAGACGCCGCCGUUUUAACAUGUCAUCUUAUAAGCAACGGGCCGAAGCCCUGGAGGGACUACUUGAGUUCAGUGCUAGACUCUUGCAAGAAGACAGAUUCGAUGAACUUGGUGUCUUAUUGAAGCCAUUUGGACCAGAAAAAGUUUCUCCGAGGGAAACUGCUAUUUGGUUGACCAAGAGCAUAAAGGAAAAUGCUCCUAAACAGGAAGAUUAGUUCUAAGAACAUUCAAUGUGUAUAAAGUAGUCUUUGCUGUAAUAUUUUCUGUAGGUGCCCAGAUUUUGCUACGUAGAGGCAGUCAUAAACUGAAACAUUAAUUCAUAGCUAGCAUAUUUAGCAAAUUCACGAAGUACUGAUAGGAUAAUAUGGAUGAGAAAACAGGUUCUUUAAUUCCGCUAGAAAUAUUAUUGCUUAUGGAUGGUCCCAAUGUUAGCAUCUA